UCUGCUGAACUCACUGUACUGUUUUUUUGGCUUUGCUUUUACGAAAUUUUCGAUACAUUUUUCAUUCAACAACUUGUUGAUUACCAAACAUGGAACGCAACUAGUGUCGAUUUUCCUUACAACAAGCAUUGCGCAAGUGCCAUCCAAAUAAACGAUUACUUUGGAAACGGCUCGAUCGUUGCGAAUCGACCAUAAUAAACAACUUUAUGCAUUUAAAUAUUUUACAAAUCCAAUUGUCUUCGCUCUAAAACAAAAAUAUUUUUAAAGAAUGUCUGCCAAACAUAAGAUUAGACGAUCCAAAUACGAAUCAAGUGAUACCGCCAUCAAAGAGGAAAUGAAGAAAUUCAUCGAAGAUUUCGAAAACCGGUUUAAAAUGAAGCUACAGCACCAACCGAUAGACUCGGAUCUUACCCAUGUCGUUCCUCGACGAAUGUACGAGAAAGCCUCGAAAAUUGUUCGUCUCCAGCCGUACGACGACAAAGAGUUUGAGGAAAUUGUCAAGUGCCGCUUGAAGGAAGCCUUCCGUUACUACAGCAUUGAGACAAAGGACUCAGAUAGCCUUAGUCCGGAAAGGGGGGAAGACUUCGAAGAUGGAGAGCGUCUUUCCAAGUUCGAGCUUAAGAUUGACCCCAAAACGAAGCCACGGGAGCUGAAGCUGAAGGAAGUCAACUGGAUGGAGAACUUCCUGAAGAAGACUCGCAAGGAACGGAUCCAGUGGCAAACGAAGUUGUACAAGUCGGACAAGAAGCUGCUGGAAAAGCCACUGUUUGAACAGGUGGAAGAGCUGAUCGACCUCGGGGCGCAGGAUUUUGCCGAGUGGUUGAACACGCUGGGGGCGGAAAAGUCCAACAUAACGAAGGACAUCAUCAAGCAGCUGUUCUCGAUUGGGGUGGAAGGUGACUCGGCAAAGGCGCUCUACGUUGAACCGAAGGAAAUCCGAGCGAUUCCGGUGGAGGUGGCACGCGAUUGGAAUUUGCAUUAUAUGGCACUGCAGCGCAAAAUCGCCCAGGUGAUGAAAAGCGACCGUCGGCAGGCGAAAGUCCGCGAGCGCCAUGUAGCUUUCGGGCGAACGCUUCCGAUGGACAUGCGCAGAUUCAAACGGUUCGACGAUAUCGAUGAGAUUGUGCCCAACUUUCCCGAGGAGGUCAAAACGUUCCAGAAGGUGUUCAAGGGCAUUUGCCACCUGCGUUCGGUGAAGAUUUUGGUGGACCAUCUGAAGGAGCACCCGGAUAUUCAUCGGCCGAAAUAUUUGGUCAACCAGGGCAUGUUUAAACCGAAGGAGCAGAAACCAAGCGAUCACGUGCCGCUGUACAAACACUACUUCAAAGGGUAUCCGGCAUCGGGGAAGGAUUUGAAAAUGUAGAAAAUGGGAACAAUUAGUCGUUGUAUCUAGUAACAAAUGUAUUACAAUAA